AGAAAAUGAAAGCUUUAAACGUGCAAGCACAUGAGUACCUAGAAGAAAUCCCACCAAAUACGUGGUGUAGAGCAUUCUUUAGUGAUUUUCCGAAGUGUGAUAUAUUGUUGAAUAAUAGUUGUGAAGUUUUCAACAAGGGAGAUAUAUUUUUCCUAAUUGUACAUGUGUGCUUUCCAAUUAGCAUUAUCAAUAGUAUUAACAUUUCCUCUUUCAAUCUGUAGGUACAUUCUUCAUGCAAGGGAACUGCCAAUAUUGAGCAUGAUUGAGAAAAUAAAGACCCAAAUCAUGACUAGAGUGUACAUGAAGCAAAAGGAGGUUGAGGAGAAAUGGAGUGGAAAUAUAUGCCCAAAGAUAAAACAGAAACUAGAGAAACUAGAGAAGAAUGCCGAGUUAGCCAAUACAUGCUACACACUCCCUGCUGGGAAGGGUAUUUUCCAAGUCACCUACAGAGAUCACCAGUUCAUAGUUGAUAUCAAUGUGAAGUGUUGUGAUUGCAGACGCUGGCAACUCACAGGAAUACCAUGUAGUCAUGCCAUAUCAUGCUUUAGGAAUGAAAGGAUACAACCUGAGGACAUGGUAUCUCCAUGCUACUCAUUAGAGUCAUUUCGUGCUGCAUACAAAUAUAACAUAGUGCCUUCAAGGGAUCAAUCUAAAUGGGAAAAAAUGAAUGGUGUAAAUGUCUAACCUCCUAAAUAUGAAAAGAAAGCAGGGAGUCCAAAGAAAACUAGGAGGAAGCAACCCAUUGAAUUGGAGGGUGGUACAAAAUUGUCUAAGCAUGGCGUGGUUAUUCAUUGUAGUUAUUGUGAUGGGGCUGGACACUAGGAAUAAUUGUGAAUUACUUGGUACAGCUAAAAAGAUGAGACCAAAAAGGAAGAGGAGUGUACAAGUAAUGCAAGAUGACAAAGAUGUUUACAUAAAUGAGACCUCGUUUUCAAUUGUUCCAGAAGAAUUAGUACAAGAGCGCCAACAUAGCACUUCAGUGUUGACUACUUUAUUAGAACAGGCAACAUCAACUCAAUCCUCCAUUAACCAGCUAGGCCCUUUACCGGAUUCAGUCUUCAUUGAAGCCAAUAGAAAUACACUACCACAGCCAAGAGCGACAACAUCUACACACGUGGGCAGAGCAAGGAUGAAGAGAAGCAACACAAGAUCAACAACGGCCAGAUCAUCUAGACCACCUAGCCAGAAGAAAAAAAAUUAGAAGUUAUAUGGGUGCUUUCUAUCUUGUGUUUUCAAUGUUGCAAAAUGCAAAAUAAAAGGUGCACAAUUCAACAAUUGGAUUUAUUCCCCUUUUGAAAUUUAUGGCUUUUGGUUAGUGGAACUUAGUGUUGACUGCUCAUGGAUGUUAUCAGUUAAUGUAAGAUCGUUUUCUAUGUGAUUUUGAGAUGUGGAACAUCAUUAAGAAAUGUUGAUUUAUGAAA